UGUGUUGUCGCAGAUAGUUUUUACCAAAAGUAGAAAUGAAAAAUCUUGGUUUUAUGUUCUCCAGAUUGUAGACACUGCAUCUCUAAAUUUCUUCAUUCCAUAUGAUAUUUUCAUUUUUAUUCCACUUUUAUUAUCCUUGAUGAAUGAAUUUUAUCUUCUUCUUCUUUUCUUACCAUUUCCCAUAUAUCUCAUGAUAUUUUAUGGUUGUAGAUCCAACUCCAAAUCCUUCCACCUCCUUCACAAAAACCACUCUUUUAACUUCAAUUUUCAUCCAAUUCCUGUAAUUUCAGCUUCUGGGUACAUCUGCAAAUGCACCUGAAAAUUGGGUUUUCAUCAAAUUCCUAUAAUUUUAGCUUCUGGGUACAUCUGCAAUUUUCUGGUUUGUGAUUUCCUACCUCAAAUUAGGUUUUCUGUUCCAAAGGAAUUCCCCCCUUUUUAAAAAAAAGAAAAGAAAAAAUAAAGUAAAAUGGAUUACGGUAGAGAAAAUGUGGUCCACGUAAUUCAAACAAAUGCACCUGAAAAUUGGGUUCCGAAUUCUACAGACACUUCAGUUUGGGCAACAGAAGAAGAUUACCGUGUUUGGAACAACCAUGAUUCCUCCACCGAAGACCAAAGACAACCUCAAUCAUGGUCCAAUUCCGAACAGCCACCGAACAAGAAACCGAAAAAUUCAUCCCAGGAAUCAAAUUCAAGGUCCAGAGCCAUAGGCAAAAUGUUCUUCAAGACCAAGCUUUGCUGCAAGUUCAGGGUUGGCACCUGCCCGUAUAUCACAAACUGUAACUUUGCUCAUAGCAUUGAAGAGCUUCGGCGCCCACCUCCUAAUUGGCAAGAAAUAGUGGCAGCUAAUGAAGAUGAAAGAGGGAUUUCGUCAGAACCCAGAGAGGAAUUCCAGAUUCCCGCUUUGGUGUCUUCUAAUUUUUCAGGUGAAACACAGAGAUCAUAUAAGGGAAGGCAUUGCAAGAAGUUCUAUACAGAGGAAGGGUGUCCUUAUGGUGACAAUUGCACCUUUUUGCACGACGAGCAGUCCAAGAAUCGAGAGAGUGUAGCUAUUAGUUUGGGGCCAGGAGGUUAUGCUGGCGGCGGGGGCGGCGGCGGCAGUGGAGGAGGUGGUGGUGGUGGUGGGAAUGGGCCAAAUGUUAAACCGUCUAAUUGGAAGACAAGGAUUUGUAAUAAGUGGGAACUUACUGGCUACUGCCCAUUUGGAAAUAAAUGCCAUUUUGCUCAUGGAGUUGGAGAAUUACACGGAUUUGGAGGGGGGCUUGUGGAUGCGGAAGCAAAGGAUUCUUCUGCUCCCCCCUUUGACUCAAAGCAAGGGGGAGGGGUGCCAUCAAAAACUCCUGCAGAUACUUUGGCGGCAUCAGCCCCUUUGGUACCUCUUUCAGAUGUUUAUCGUGGAGUUCCUUCGCAGAGGACAUCCAUUGUACUCCAGAAGCCAGGACAAAGAACCAUUCAGAAAUGGAAGGGUCCAGAUAAAAUCAGUCGAAUAUAUGGUGACUGGAUUGAUGAUAUUGAAUGAAUGCAGUCUUCUAAGCACCUAGGGAGAGAAAAAAAAAGCGACGAAAGCAGGAAAUCUUUGCAUUAAGAACUUCUCCUUGGAAAGUGAAUAAUUAUAUUCCUAGGGGUAGGACAUCAGGGUCAUGUUGAUGUAACUUAAAGCUUCAGCUUAUGAGUUAGGAAAAUCUUUUCUUUGCUCGCUUCAAGUCUUUGAAGUAUACUUGGCUUGUUGACAUGGCAGCUGCAUAGUCAUUAUGUAUGAAUAUACCCUCCCUGGCUGGGAACGUAUAUGACGUUUGUAUUACUGCUGUACUGUAACUUGGUCCUUGUUGUCAAAUACUAUAAGAUUACCC